ACAUUCAUUCCAGAGAAACUGAAGGCUGAAGGGUUAACGGCAGGCGGUGAGUUUAGUUUGUCCAGCCUCUGGAGAGACUUCGAGUAGAGAACAGUCCCGUCUGAAAGAAGGUUACAGACACCCAGAGAGGCAGCAGGAGGAAAAGCCAAACACAACCUGACAGAGAGCCAUCUGUGAAUGAGAAAGACAAACAACAGCUCGUGUUUGGAGGUUUCUACCGACAACUAGAUCUUGGCGAACAGGAGUUGCUGCUUUGAAAAACAGAAGGUGUGAAGAAGAACAGGCCUAGAGAGAAGCAAACAAUGGUUACUAGGAGAAUGUGAAUGCCUUGCAGACUGGGACACUCAAAAACUGCUUAUUUCCAGCUUCCACAUAUUUCCUAAUGCAAUCGGCGGUGGUGAAUCUCAGCGCUUUUAUUCUCCAAAUGAUUUAUUCGACACUUUUUGCCAUUUUAGCAGUAUUUGCUCUCAAAAUUACCUCAAUAAUCACAGCCAGGGAUCAGUGUUAUUUAAGAUUGUUCAGAUUAUUCUAGACUGUUCAUCAUCUACUAGAGAGAAUUUGUCAAAAACAACAUUUACCAGAGCAUAUUCUAUCAGAAAACCUUCAAACAGGACCAACUCUGCCAGAAAUUUCAACUGAAUGAAUCCUAAAUGAAGAUUUUCAGCCAGAACUCAGUCUACCAGAAGGUCUUCUACCAGAAAAAAAAUGACAAGAGCAAAUUCUACAUGACGACUUCGACCAGAACUAAUUCUACCCAAAUGUCUACAUGAAUGGAUUCCGCUAGUUAAGAUUUAACUAAUCUGCACUUCUCUUUUAAUUCCACCAAACCUUUCAUCUCAGCUGCCAAGACAACUAGAGCAAGGAAUCUCCUUUAAGAGUCACUCAGAGCUAACAAGACAGGGAGGGAGUAAAAAGACGGAGAGAAGAGGGAGGGCGAGUGUAGAGCCAGAGAGAAUUGGCGCUUAAGUGUGAGCAGGAGAGAGCACACAGAACACGGCGAGCGUCUCUUAUAACCACUGGCAUUUAAAUACAUUCAAAGCCUUAUUUUUUAAAUUGAAGAACCAAACAGAUCACGAUCAAAAUCUGACACUAUUGCUUCAGCAUUCAACGAAACGCAUGGGCUUUUAUUUGAGGAGCAACAGUUCUAAAGGACUCGUCAGAGGUGCUAGUUAUUGAGGAUGGAUUUUUAAGAGUCUUGCUUUGUGAAAAGGAUUCUAAUAGUGACUUUAGACCUUUAAAGGGCUCAGUAAGUCAGCAAGAACACGAACAUUUAUGCUGGAUGGAUUUUCUUGGAUUUGUUGGCAGUGCUGAUUUGUUUGUCACUUUGUUGGUGCUUUUAAGUCUCUGAAAUUCUGCCAUAAGGAGAAACGAGCUGCUGAAGGGCUCAGGUACGGGUCAGUUUCACACUGGACCACACAAACUGUAUCUGGAGGAGGUCUGGCGAUCAUGGGCAAAUCAAACAGCAAGCUCAAACCGGAGGUGGUGGAGGAACUGACCAGAAAGACCUACUUUACAGAAAAGGAGGUUCAGCAAUGGUAUAAGGGCUUCAUAAAAGACUGUCCAAGUGGUCAGCUUGAUGCUGCAGGCUUCCAGAAGAUCUACAAGCAGUUCUUCCCCUUCGGUGACCCCACCAAGUUCGCCUCAUUCGUCUUCAAUGUUUUUGAUGAGAACAAGGAUGGACGAAUUGAGUUCUCUGAGUUCAUUCAGGCGCUGUCUGUGACCUCACGUGGGACUUUGGAUGAAAAGCUUCGCUGGGCCUUCAAGCUUUAUGAUCUUGAUAACGAUGGCUAUAUCACUCGUGAUGAGAUGCUCAAUAUCGUUGAUGCCAUCUAUCAGAUGGUGGGAAACACAGUUGACCUUCCUGAAGAAGAAAACACACCAGAGAAAAGAGUGGAUCGCAUUUUUGCCAUGAUGGAUAAGAAUGCUGACGGGAAACUGACCCUGCAGGAGUUUCAGGAGGGAUCAAAGGCAGAUCCUUCUAUUGUACAAGCUCUGUCGCUUUAUGAUGGCCUGGUAUAGUAGCAGCUUGUCUAAAGGAGACAGGUACCUCAGAGGAUCCAGUGCCGUGCCAUCCCACAGUGCCAUGAAGGAGAUGAGUCUGACCUCUCUAUCUGGACAUUUAAGACUAAGGGAGAAGAAUUCAUCCUCAUCUUCUCAACUCAAGCAAAUCACAUUUCAGCACUGAGAAAGAAAACAAGAGACAUGUCAUCCUGAAAGUUGUGGGUGUAUGUAUGUGUGUGUGAAUGCUGUACUACAGGAUCCCAUGGGAUUUUCACAAGUGCACUGGAGACUGAAGAUGGCACUGAUUGUUCAAGCAUGCUGAGAACCCUAAAUUAUACAUGUAAAUAUGUGUAAACAUUUCAUAUUUUUUAAUCAUACCUGGCUGGGAUGUUGUAAAUGUGCUCUUCAUAUAUAAUUUAACAGACUGCUGAUAUUUUAUUUAUUUAUUGCUUACCUUGAAGUGUAUGGAUUGCUGCUGUCACGAGCCUCAAUGUUUCUAAAAUCCUCUUGGAGUGAAAGACUUUUUAAUCUGUUUUGCUCUUUCUUUGGAACUGUGAAUGUGGAAGGAGAUUAAUUUAUUAUAUCCGCGGUACGCAGCUCCCAUCGUGAAGAGUGAGCAGUCUAUUCUUUGCUGGCAAAACUCAUUGUGAAGUUUUCAAGCUAAACAAGACACUGUAACAGAGCGACGUACAACACUGUUAUUCCAGAUCAGCCUCAACUGCUGUAAGUACCUCUGUAAUGGAGAAACAAACAGUCCUGCAUCUGCUAAGCUUAAACUACACUUCUGCCUUUCUGUCUUUCCUGUGUCGUUUUCCUGUCACACAAAAGCCAUAGACUUGAACUAUGACAUUCUCCUUUCGAAGCAAGUAAUGUGGGUAUGUGCUGGCUGGGGUUUGAAAUGCGUCUCAUGCUUUAUCAGUCGCUCUCUGGCUGAAGAUUAAACUUGAGUCACUGCA